AUGUCGCAGGCUGAGAACACAACGUAUCGCACGAUCAAAGGCAACAAAUUCGCCUACAAUGGGGAAUCACACACCAUCAACGGCUACCUCAAAAGUUCUCCUGCUGCCAUAUCUGAGGAGCUUCGUCGACAACCAGUAGUAGCAUAUUUGAAGGCACAGAGGAUAUUCUGGGGUUGGAGCUUGCCCGAGUUCGAACUCGAGAGGGAAUGGAACACGAAGAACGCAUCCUCGUCGACGAACACAGGCCGGAAACGGGAACAGGAUGAUGUCCCGAUGGAAUCGCAUGGGGAAUCUUCACGCAAGAGAGCCCGUGUCACUGGUAUACCCAAGGCCUCCACUGCAGAUCGUGCGCAACCUCUGGCUGUGGCCCUCCUGAGGCCCGCACGCGAUCAACCGGAUUGCCAGGCGCCAGUUGUCAAGACGGAGCAACGCGUAGAGACAGAGCUUCAGCCAGAUGGCCUUGGCCCUCUCUGGAAAUCGCGCUGGCAGCAGGACAUCGAGAAAUAUCGGUUCACGGAUUAUCACUCGAGGAUUGCCGGUAAAUAUGCAAUCAGUUGUCCAGUCAUCGAACAACGAUACCCAGGCCUCGAAGGGAAGCUCGUCAUAAGAAUAAGAAUUCUCCAUAGUGACACAAAACAUCAAGGGGUGUUCGAGGCUGACAUCGAUCUCGGCCUUUUUAAGGGUUCUGCAGCAAUGGGCAUCGACGAGCACUCUCUUGCCGACUGGUGCUACCGACAACAAAUGCGGUUGCAGCCAACCGAGAAAAACAUGGAAAUCAAGAGAUUGGAAGACGAAGCCAAUGAUGCUCAUCUCUCAACUUGCGGAAAUCCCUGCAUACGGUCAUCGCAAUACAAUGCCCGGAGUAUAAAGGCAAAAUGCGACAUCUCGAAAUGCGCCAGACUUUUCAUGCAAGUCAGACUCAAGGACGAGAAGGAUCUUUUUAUGCGGCAAGGGGCGAUCCUUGGCUGUGAGGGCGAGAUUGAAUUCCACGAUCUCCAUGGUCUCGAGUUCGAAGGGGAUAUCGAUCUUCCUAUGCUUGGCCCUGAUCCUGUCAAAUUCAGAGGCUAUAAAGUCAAACAACUACUAAAGUCAGACGUCGUCGAUACUCUCUGGGGAAAGAUCCCCACCAGCGCAAUCAAGUAUGGCGAUGCAUGGAACAAAGCUUGA